ACUCUUCACAUGACCUCUCAGAGUCCCUUAUAUUUUCGCUCUCAAACAAAAAAUACCCAAUUCCCCAUUCGCCAUGUACACUUUUCCACGCGCCUCCGAUGUCUAUGGCACAAACUCCUCCUCCAUGUCACUCGACGACCCGUCGCAUUUUCCUCCAGUAUCGUUGCCACCACCUCAUUUACUCGACCAUGUGACUGGUUCUACUCAUGAGCUCGACUCGGUGAUGGGUCACAGCCACAGCAGCAGCAACUCCAGCGGCUAUAGUAGCUAUAGCUCUCCCAGCUACGGGACGACGAGUCAGAUGCAGAGGAGUAUUAGCAGCCACUCGCUUCAGAAGAAUAACAACUGUGUUCAUUCUCUUUUAAUGUUACUAAAUGAUCACUCUGUGGAAACGGACAUCAGUCCAGUUAGAAGGGUUUUCAGCACCGGUGAUUUGCAUAGGAUUCAUACGGGGCAACAAGGUCAUAGGUCAGUGAGUCCAUUGGUAAGUGAGAGUUGCGCCAUCAUUGAAGGGAUGAACAGAGCCUGUCGAUAUAGUCCGGAGGAGAAAAAGGAGAGAAUUGAGAGAUAUAGAACCAAGAGAACUCGGAGGAACUUCAAAAAGAAAAUCAAGUACGCAUGUAGGAAAACACUGGCAGACAGCAGGCCACGUAUAAGAGGUCGGUUUGCAAGAAACGAAGAAAUUGAGAAGGAUCCUCAAGCUCAGUGGAGCCACAUCAGGGGGGAGCAAGAUUAUGAAGAAGAAGAAAAUUGGAUCAAUUAUUUUGAUUCAGUUUCAUCCGCAAAUCUAUUUUAAUUAGCAUAAAAAAAAUGGUGUGUAUGCUGAACUAUUUUAGUGCCACAGUGUAGCAGUUUUAGCUAGCUAGCGUGCUUGUUUCUAUAUAUCUGUGAUGCAAUAUUGUAUAACUGUUGCUCUAGCUUACAAUGGCUAGCCAUUUUAAUGACUGGGCUUCAUAUUAAUUUUUA